CGAACGUUGCAAAAGAAACAAAGGGGAAAAAUACAAAACAAAACAAAAAGAUGUCGUGUUCCGUUGCCGUAUCUAACUCUCCGGUGUUUUCUCCGUCGUCGUCUCUCUUCUGUAACAAAACUUCCACCCUCUCUCCGUCGGCUGAAGCUCGGAAUAUAACGUUGACUCACCUCAAACCUUCGUCUUCUCCAGCUUCUCCGUCUGCUUCUUCGCCCUCUUCUCCUUUCAGGCUCCACCUUCAAAAGCCGCCACCUUUGUCUUUGUUGUUAUCUUCUUCUGCAGUCGCUUCAUCAUCAUCGCCUACCUCGGGUUCCGGCUCGUCUGCUGGUCAGGGACCGGGAUCGGUGUCGGCAAUUUUGAAGAGGAAGAGACCGGCGAGGCUGGACAUACCGGUUGCGACGCCGUCUAUGUGUUUGGGGAUGCCGGCGACGCCGUGUGAAGUAAGGAGAGAGUUGGAGAGCGAGGGAGAAGGAUACGCAGUUUAUUGUAAAAGAGGGAGGAGAGAAGCCAUGGAAGAUAGGUUCUCAGCUUCUGUCGAACUUCAAGGAGAUCCCAAACAGGCGUUUUUUGGCGUUUUUGAUGGACAUGGAGGAGCUAAAGCUGCAGAAUUUGCUGCCCAGAAAUUGGAGAAGAACAUUUUAGCCGAGGUUGCUAGAAAUAAAGACGAAACUACUGUAAAGGAAGCUGUUAAACAAGGUUAUUUAAAAACAGAUGCUGAUUUUUUCAAGGAAGAUGCCGCUGGUGGCACAUGCUGCGUGACAGCUUUGAUCCGAAACGGGAACCUCGUUGCGUCUAACGCCGGCGAUUGCCAUGCCGUUUUGAGCAGAGGUGGUGUGGCUGAAGCUCUCACCUCCGAUCACCGACCUUCGAGGGAGGAUGAAAGGAGCAGAAUUCAGAGUUCGGGCGGCUAUGUGGAUUUAUGCCGUGGUGUUUGGAGAGUUCACGGUUCUCUAGCUGUCUCCAGAGGGAUCGGAGAUCAUCACCUUAAACCGUGGGUGAUCUCCGAGCCCGAGACAAAGAUCGUUCGAAUCGAACCCGAAUGCGACUUCUUAAUAUUGGCCUCUGACGGCUUAUGGGACAAGGUUAGUAAUCAAGAAGCAGUCGACAUCGCUCGCCGGUCGUGUACGGGCAUCGAUAAACCGGUUCCAUUGUCCGCUUGUAAGAAACUAGUCGACCUUUCUCUUUCUCGAGGCUCGUCCGAUGAUAUCAGUGUGAUGCUGAUUCAGUUGGGGCACUAUGUUUGAUUUGCUUAAUACCAAUUUUACAAGAAUCAUUUAUUUAGAGCUAAUUGUCAGAGGUGUUUCUGAGAUAAGUAGAGGUGGAGAUGAGUUAUUUUGGUUCAAGUCUUUUUAUUGACAAUUCUUUGUGGGAUUCUUGAUGAUUCCCAGCCUCAUUGUUUGUAU